AAAUCGGAGCGCACGGAUCGUUUCCUCCGGUAAAGCAGCGGAGUAGGAGCCUGGAAAUCACCGGCGGGAAGCGGAGGAGGAGGAGGAAGAGGAGGAGGGGAUUUAGGGGUCUCAGCUAUGGCGACGGGAGGAGGAGGUGGUGGUUGUGGAGGUGGUGGAGGAGGAACGAGGCGGAGGAGGAAAACGGGGCUCCUGGGAUUCUGCUGGAAAACCUGCUACUUUCCCAUUUUGUUCUGGGUCGUGUCCGUGUGCGGGGAAGAGAAGACGUUCAUCGUGGAGACGUGGCUGAAGAACUACGGUUACCUGCUGCCUCACGACGUGCGGACAUCAGACCUGCGGCAGGAGAAAGCCAUGCAGUCGGCCGUGGCUGCCAUGCAGCGCUUCUACGGGAUCCCAGUGACGGGAGUCCUGGACGAGACCACCAUAGAGUGGAUGCGGAGACCUCGCUGUGGCGUCCCAGAUCAUCCAAACACCAGUCGCCGGCAGAGGAACAAACGCUACGCCCUGACGGGACAGAGGUGGAGAGACAAGAAGAUCUCCUACAGCAUUUCUAACUUCACCCCUAAAGUGGGAGAGAAGGACACGCAGAGAGCGAUCAGACAAGCCUUCAACGUCUGGCAGACGGUCACUCCCCUCUCCUUCCAGGAGGUCCCGUACGCUGAGAUCAAGAAUGAGGGCAAGGAGGCGGACAUCAUGAUCUUCUUCGCCUCUGGUUUCCACGGCGACAGCUCUCCGUUUGACGGGGAGGGGGGUUUCCUCGCCCACGCCUACUUCCCCGGCGCCGGCAUCGGGGGAGACACCCACUUCGACUCGGACGAGCCCUGGACACUCGGCAACGCCAACCACGACGGUAAUGAUCUGUUCCUGGUGGCGGUGCAUGAGUUGGGUCAUGCGUUGGGUUUGGAGCACUCCAACGAUCCCAGCGCCAUCAUGGCUCCUUUCUACCAGUACAUGGACACCCACAACUUCAAACUGCCUCUGGACGACCUGCAGGGCAUCCAGAAAAUCUACGGUAUCCCCACAGCCAUGUUGGAACCCACUCGGCCGUUGCCCACGUUACCGUCUCGACGAACCCACUCGACCUCAGAGCGUAAGACCUCCCGCCCGGCCCGGCCCCCCGGCGACCGCCCCGCCCUCCCCGGCAACGGCAAACCCAACAUCUGUGAUGGAAACUUCAACACCGUGGCCUUCUUCAGACGUGAGAUGUUCGUCUUCAAGGACCGGUGGUUUUGGCGUCUGAGGAACAACAAGGUGCAGGAGGGUUACCCCAUGCAGAUCGACCAGUUCUGGAAGGGCCUGCCGCCGCGCAUCGACGCCGCCUACGAGAGGUCCGACGGAAAAUUCGUCUUCUUCAAAGGUGAUAAGUUCUGGGUGUUCAAAGAGGUCACGGCUGAGCCGGGCUACCCUCACAGCCUGGUGGAGCUCGGCAGCUGCCUCCCCAAAGACGGCAUCGACACGGCACUUCGCUGGGAGCCCGUUGGGAAGACCUACUUCUUCAAGGGCGACCAGUACUGGCGCUACAACGAGGACAAGCACACGGCUGACCCAGGAUACCCCAAACCCAUCACGGUGUGGAAGGGAAUACCGGACGCUCCACAGGGAGCCUUCAUCAGCCGGGAGGGAUACUACACUUACUUCUACAAGGGGAAGGAGUACUGGAAGUUUGACAACCAGAAGCUAACAGUGGAACCCGGGUAUCCCAAGUCCAUCUUGCGUGACUGGAUGGGCUGUGACCAGUCCGACAUGGAGCGGUCCGGUGGAGGAAACCGCGGAGACCGGCAGCUGCCUCUCGAUGAUGUGGACAUCAUGGUCGCCAUCAACGACGUCCCUACGACGGUCAACGCCAUCGCCGUGGUGAUCCCCUGCAUCCUGUCGCUGUGCAUCCUGGUGCUGGUGUACACCAUAUUCCAGUUUAAAAACAAAGGGGUGCAGCAGAACACCAUGACGCAGCACUACUACAAAUACCCCGUCCAGGAGUGGGUAUGACACGCAUUUUGCAAAAAGGUCAGAGGUAUUUGGAGACGGGGGAUCGAGCUGCUAGCUAAUGUUGGCUACUGGCCAAAAGCAAAGCAAAGACGCUGAUUAUGCUAGCUACAAGAAGACUACGAAUGCUCUGUAGGAGUAGAUUUAGACUUCGACUGUUGGUGACUGUGAGAUUUGUGUCAAGUACGGCGAGAUCUGAAAGACAGAAAAACUGACUGGAUCUUCCCUGGAUAAAAAUAAAACAGAGGGGAAAAUUAACUUCUUCUUCUUCUAUUUCUUCUUCUUCUGGGACCUAACGCACCGCUCUUCUUCUCAGUGAAAAUAAAAAGAAGUUAAAAAAAAAAAGGAUCUGGGGCACAAAAGAAAAUGUUCCUCUAAGCCAGAAACCACCUCCAAGUUUGUUCAAACAACAGUGAGUUAGUUUAAACGAAAAAGAAAAAGAAAAGUAAUGGUUUAUAAACAUCAAACUUGAAGAUAAAUACAGGUAAAAAGGGCCAUAA